GGAGGAGGGCGGGAUGGAGGACGGGCUCCCUGCCCCCACGCCCCCUCUUAAAUGCCGCAGGCGCCCCGCCCUCCCGCCCCAGUUAACCCCGGGCCCCGCGGACCCCGGACAGUCGCAGCCCGAGCGAUGGCGGAGGCGCGGGACCCAGACGCGCUCGGCGGCGGGAUGGAGGCGGACGCGCCCGAGAGCUCCCCGGAGCUGCCGCCGUCCCCGCCGUCCCCGCCAUCGCCGCCGCCGCCGCCGUCGCCAGCCGCCCCGGAGACCCCCGAGCUCCCGCAGCCCGAGCCGCCGUCGGAGGCGCACGCCCGGCAGCUGCUGCUGGAUGAGUGGGGGCCGCUGGGCGGGGGCCUGGAGCUGCCCGCGCGCCUCACCUGGAAGCUGCUGCUGCUGCGGCGGCCGCUCUACCGCAACCUGCUGCGCUCGCCCAACCCCGAAGGCAUCAACAUUUACCAGCCAGCGCCCCCUACCGGUCCCACCUGGCAGCCCCUGGAGGCUCUAGGCAAUUUCCGCGGAUGGCACAUUAGAACAGAAAAGCUCCAGCAGGACCUCAGCUGGACGGUGAAGCAGCAGUGUGUGAACCUCCUGGCAGAGGGCCUGUGGGAGGAGCUGCUGGAUGACGAGCAGCCGGAUGUCACCGUCAUGGACUGGUAUGAGGACAGCCGAUUAGACCAGUGCGUCUACGAGCUGCACGUCUGGCUGCUGGCCGGGGACUGCCGCACGGUCAUCGCGCAGCACCACGUGGCCCCGCGGAGCUCGGGGCGUGGCCCCCCUGGCCGCUGGAUACAGGUGUCCCACGUGUUCCGCCAGUACGGCCCCGGCGUGCGCUUCGUCCACUUCCUGCACAAGACCAAGAACCGCACGGAGCCCGGUGGGCUGCGUCGGACGAGGGUGACCGACUCCUCCGUGUCCGUGCAGCUCAGGGAGUGACAGGCUGACCCUGCGCCUGUCCUGCCUGACCCCGGAGCACCUCCGGACCUUCUGCCUGGCCCUUGACUUUGCCUGUGAAAGCUUCGCACACCCCUGAACGUCUGCCUCCCUGGCUCUCUGAGCUCCCCCAGGCGAGGCGGGAGCCACUCCUUGCCCAUUCAGAGCUUGUCAGAUAGUAGGUGCUCAAUAAAGCUUCGCUGAGUGAAUGAACACCGGUGCCCCGGAUGCUGGGC